AUGACCACUGUACCUGCGGGAGACCACUACUACUACAAUCAAUACUCUCCUCCUGUGUCGCCCAAGUCGAUUCCCCACGGCUACAAACGCAAGGCGUCAACUCAAGAAGAUGACGAGCUAGAGACCAACAGUGCAAUCUCGCACUCGCUGAAGAAGUUGCGCUUGAACUCCAAGCGCGCAACUGUACAGCUUACUCAGGAUUUCGUUCCUGUAGGACUGUCCUACCGUGAUGCCAGUCCGUCCGAAGCGUCGUUGAGUGCCCGUAGCGCCCAGCAGAGUCGGCACAACUCUUAUGUCCAUAACGAUAGAUCAAAUGAGGACGACUUCAUGCCGGUCGAUGAGACUCCGGACAGAGUCUGGGUGCAUGACCUUGAUGCUGAAGUGGCCGAGAUUGAAGCUGAAGAGGCUAGGCAGAAGUACGACAAUGGUAUUCGUUUCGCUGGGCAAACCAAGGACUACAUCAAACUUCCAGACCAUCUCUUACGGCCCAAUACAGCAGCCAACGAUCCUGCUGCGAAUAUGCAGAUGAUACUAUACCGAGAUCCAAUCAGUAUCAGUGUGCCGGAAGAGGACGAUGCUGUACGAAAGACGAUCCUGGAUGCACGCCGUAGAGUACGGGAGAAGCUGGCGGAAGAAAGAGAACUUGCUACAAUUACUGCACAGCAUUUGGCUCCUGUGCCUCGUCCGAACGUGGAACACUACGACGAAUCAGAGAACCACGGCAACGACGAUGAAAUGGACUUGGAUUAG